AUGGAAACAGAGGAACCUACACCCACCCCUGUUGCCCCAGUAACAAAGGAGCCUGAAAGCCUCUAUGGUGAGUGGAUGAUAGCGAAGAGAAGAGCACGAACCAAGAAGCAAAAUAGUGGAGCUAGGCCAGUAGGGUCCAGCCGUAAUACUGAAAAACAACUUUCUAAAGGGACAGCCUCGGGUUCAUGCAUCGAUAUCGUGGCUAAUGAGGAGCAGCCCACUACCCCACUUAUUGUGAAUGAAUCAGAGGUGGUGGUACACCCACAGAGAGGGGAGCCCCCUGCUAUGAAGAAUAAAGAGAAGGUGCCAUAG